UCAAUCAUGCUUUAUGUUUAUGCAAAGGGCGAAGAACAUUACUAAAAACAGUGUCCCAAUACUUUAAUAGACAUAAUAGCACUGCGACGGACCGUAGCAGCUCUGUUAUCAUUUCAUUACACAAAAAAUAAAUAAACUUAACCUCCGCUAACCUCUGUGAGUAAGUCGAUUCAUGUGUGAGCUAUAACAGGUACAAUUUGCAUCGCACAACAAAAAGUCGGCACAAAACAAACCGCGAUAUUCGAGGCGGAGUGAUCAAUGUACGACCGAUUAUCGCAUCAAGGGAUUCCCCUAUUAUAUUGAUAACAGGCAAAAAUCCACGACUUCGGUUGCAACAGCAUCCAUAGCAAGAUCAGUUAUAAACCAGCAUCAGUGGAAUAAAGGUCGUUCUUAGCAAGUGCCGUAAACGCCAUGGGAGACAACGGAAAUCGUCUGCAGUAUCAGCAACUGUUGAACGUGUCCUUUGGUGAUGAAUUCGAGGUGUUUCACAUUCAAGUAUCUGACCAGCAUGUUUUAUUGGUAAGAAAUCAGCGAGCAUUGAACUGCUACCGAUUGGAAGGCGAGUCUAGAGAGUGGAAGGCGUUGUGGAUUCGCGAUGGUUUUUUCGACGGAAAGCAGCGCGAGUUUCGUAACUCAUUUUUCGUCGACGAGUCUGGUUGGCUGUUGGUGAGGAAUCGUGAAGGAUUACAGUUUUACCGUAUGGAAGGAAGCGAUCUGACUUUGCGCCAUUAUUGUUCCGAGGCAAUAUAUCGCAAUGGGUACGGAUGGGAUGAUGCCAACACGGUAUUUCUGAUGGGACGUAUCUAUACUGCUGCCGGUACGAUCGGCAUACUGACGCGAAAUAAACGUGGUGCCAUAAGAUUCGAGCAGAUGCAGGAGAGUGCUGUACUGAAAGGUGGCCCACGACCUUUGUGGCAGUUGUACGAUUCGCCGACACUACCGGAAAGCUGGAAGUUCAAUUCAACGUGGCUCGGAUUGGCAACCACUUAUGGCACCAAGCAGUCGGCUAUCAUCGAGCGAUCCUCAGACGUUGUAAGUGUUUACAUGCUCGACAACAAUUAUCAUCCCAAACUUGUGGGUCGUGCAGAAAACGUGCCAUUUUCAAGUGCUCAUGAUGAACGUAUCCUGUUUAGAAAUAUCUUUGAUAGCACCGAGUAUAGUGACAUGUUGCAUCUUAACUCCUCUGGAAUGUUUCUAUAUCAGCGAGAUAACACACACUACCGUGCUGUAGCUCAAAGCACGUCACUGGCAGUUUUCGGUCGUGAAAGGAAAGUUUGGAAUAGUGCUAGCUUGAUUGAUGUAGAUCGGGAUGGAAAAGAUGAACUUUGGCUUACUGGACCGCAAGGUAUCAUGGGAUUCAGAAUGUCGAACGGAAGAUUUGAACAGGUCCCUUUUAAUUCAGAUCAAAACGAAGAUUUACGUUACGCCCAGAUUAUCAAAACGAUUCCUGAUGGACACAAUGUCACAACAAUAGCCACUAGCGGUCAAUCUUUGGUGUCGUUUUGUCUUGCAUCGAAAACAUUAGUAAAAGAAGCGAAUAAGAACGACGGAAAUGAUCAAUCGGUACAAUCUAGUAAAGAAAUCAAAUCAGUUUUUGCUCUUCAUUCCCAAACGGCCCCACUUGUGGAAGCAUCAUUGAGCGAACAACUGGACACAUCUUUGCUAAUCGAACCCGUCAAUCCAAUGAAUGGUAACUUGGAAUUCGGUAUUCCUUUGCUUGUCGUGGGAAAGUUAUUUGGAAUGUCUACUGUGAAAUUUAUCACCUACCAAGAAGCUUCCGAGAUAUCCGGAUCGAUGGGUGUUGGAUGGUCGCUACAAGUGGACUGUGUGUACAUCGAUCGAAGGAAUAGCAUAUUUCCAGAGGAACAUCGCUAUUAUCUAAUCAAGGAUGGAUCAUCCUUUCCUCUUACUAUUACUAGUAAUGAUUCAAACGAACAAAUCAUCACUUUUUCUACUGCAUCCACCGAGCAGAUGACUGUUACAUUCAAUCGUCCUCUAAAUCAAUGGACAUUGGAAGAUGGCAAUGGAGAAAGCUUUUUCUAUGGAACAUAUGGUGACAAACAAGCAGUAAAAAUGGAUAGCGGAUCUGAACAUUGGCCAUUUAUGACUGAACGUAGUGAGUUGAAAGAUCGUCUUCCAUCAGUGUGGUACCUGGUAAGACAAUUCGAUCGUGCUGAUCAAUGGAUGGAAUAUACUUACACAAAAGAUCCCCUAACAGAUGACUACCAAUUGAGUGCUAUUUCCACUAGCAAUACAGCAUCGCUCCAGUUGUCCUAUUCAAAUCAGUACAAUAGCACUCUUCUAACUGGUUAUACUAUUCGUACCUUAAGCUACCAGCAAUCAGCAGUGCUGCAUUAUGUACAGCAGGAAGAUAAGGUACACUUGAAACGAAUCACACAGCAAAGCCACACUGCGCUGGAGUUUGACUACGAAGGGCCGAAUGGUGCAAUGAGUAAAAUCAUCUAUCCCAAUGGAUUAAUCGCCAAAUUUGAUUACACUUUGCUACAAAUCGACAGUAAUAUGCUGAUUAACCACUUCAAAAUCCACUCCCAUCCUCGUACAGCUUACGGCCCGACAUAUCUGUUGAUCGGUGACAUCACUAAACACGGUCAGGUGCGCAUUCAACUAAGAGACCAUCUUGGUUCCGACACAGUUGCAGUGGAUGGUUCAUCUAUUCCUCCGCUUGGAAAAUUUCCGGUGAUUCAUUACGAGAUGUAUACUGGUGAGUCAUUUUUCGCUGUUUUGCUACAACACGAACGAACUCAGUCCGAGCUGUGUCUGUUUCAUCAAACCCAACCCGAUGUUUGGCAAGCAAUUCCAACGUAUCUAAAGAUACCGAAGGACUCGUCCAUUCGAGCCGGUAAGGAUUUUCUGCUGGCUAUACAGGAACAAUGCGUGACGGUUAUUGAACGGCAACAGGGACGAUGGAAAGCAUUGAAACCGUUCGAUAUUGAAAAAUCGUCACUGAUACACUUCUUUACGCACGGUUUCCUCACAUACGACGAUCGUCAGCUGCGCAUAUUUGUACGGCGCAAUGGAGACUGGACGGGUGUAGUUUUACCGUUUCCUGCCAAUCUGAUAAAAAGUAGCUCAUCGCUCUUUGAUCGAUUUGAUCAUCCCGAAGAAAUCAUGCGUGACUUUAAGAAGGGUGUUCAGAUGGAUGCAUUGCAAAUGUUUCAUAAUAUAAUCGUGUUUCGCUCACUGUUUCUGGAUGGUUUCAAAAUGUACGCCAGAUUGCAUCUUUUGCAUCUGAACUGGAAGCAUGAAGUUCACCGGCAAUCGACGAUCGAUGUUCUAAUUGAAGAUCUUCAUACAUACACAUUUAAUCCUCCUGAGACAGAUGGCAAUACGUUUGUGUUUGCCUAUCAGCUGGAUAAUGAAAAGUUUCGACUGAAAGUUAUUAGCCAUUACGGAAAAAUAAUGGAUGAAGUCGAUAAAAUUAAGGCACAGAUAGAACAGGAUAUUCGCGAUCAACCCAACGCACCUGAAGAAGAGAAGAGGCGUUAUCGUAAUGAAGCGUAUGAAAAGAUCAACUCUGAGCUGCAGGAAUUAUAUCGUAACAUUACAUCCCAAAUACCCUUCGCAAUCGAUCCAUCCAAAUUUGGCAUUCUAGUGAACGAUGCAUACAUUGUUACUGCCAGCCAUAAAGUACUGUUUGAUGGGAUCGAUUGGAAUACGGAAAGAAUCCCUCAGGAAGAACUCACCCUCGACAGCAUCACGGUUAAUCUUGGACCUUCCUACCAGUUAGUGAAAACGCACCGUAACGCAACUUUCGAUUUAAUCGGUCCAAACAAUGCUGUCGUAUUUAACACAGACACCAAUAACGCAACCGAGUUGAACAUACGAUAUCCGGCGUUCAUGGCAGUGCAAGCAAAUGACUCUGCCGUGCAGUUGUUCAACUUUCAUCGAAACAAACUAACGAGCCUUCCAGUGGGAGAAGUCUUCGACACCAACAGCAAUACACUAGCUGUCAUAAGCAGGACCAUCGAUGGUAAAAACGUAUUUGUACGAUCGAUGGAUUCGUUUGGCAUCACUCGUAAACAUGUCGUCUGGCGGCACGAGUUUGUGGAUGGACGCGGACGAACAUUAACAAACUAUUACGAAUUCAACGCACACACUGCCAAACCAUACCAUGGUGGAUUUUUGAUGACGGAUGUUAAGAUAACACCAGCUAACACAGAAGGACGGUUUGGUUGGUUUAAGGUACAUUAUAAUCAUGCUAACAAUACUUUAAGCACGAAAUCAGUCUACGACUCUACAGGAAAGUUUGUAAAACUAGUUCAACCUGCUGAUACGAAUGGCAAAACAUCACCCGAUGCCGAUGGUGUUCUUAUGGCACGCGAUGCAAAGACAGUUGUAGCAGAUUUUCGUCCGUAUCGAAUCUCCGAGGAAAUCGUGACGUACUAUGGGUUUGAGCCAUAUGAACAAAACCAAAUUGGAAGUGAUGGACGAUGGAAAUGGAAUGGUGGAACAAUACAAAUAGAGCAAGGAAACCAUUUUCUGCAUCUCACCCGUUCGGGGUCCGUAAGUGCAACUCUAAUGCCAAAGAUACAGUUUAGCUCGCUAAUUGUUUCGUGCUGGCUGAGAGGAUCCAACAAGCAGCAAAACAUCGAAAAUGCACUUUCUGUUAAUUGCAAUGGGAAAGUAGUACACGGAUCUGUUGGAUUUUCCAUUGGCGGUUGGUCAUAUGUGGAGGUUAUGGUAGAGAAUACGAAUCGCUUGGAAGUGAACAUUUCAUCCGGAUCCAAUUCUACCAUAGACGUAGAUCAUCUGCGAGUUUUCCCUGCGCAGUUGGAUUUAAAUGUGCAUAUCUACGAUACGACAUUGGCAUUGGAACGGUCAACGCUGCACGCAACAGGGCUGUUAUCACAUCGACUUUAUGACGUGCUUGGCAACGAAAUCGGCCGAAUAAACAAGCUAGGAUCGAUCGAGAACCUUUCUUUCCAGUCACGCAUCAGCAAUUGCCGCAUCGAAAUACAACCUGCAUACGGAGAAAUUUUGCAAAAAACGAAGCAAAAUACCUUCGCAGGUUCAAUGCAGCACGUUCCUGAUACUGCUGCGUUACGGUUUCGAUAUGCUGCAACGACGUAUUUGGGCGAUAUUCAGAUAGAAAUAGCUACUUUAAAAUUUAGAAUGCACAUAGGGAAGGACCAGUCAACAUUAAAAGUACAGUCCCAAAGUAUCGCCGUACCUCGCGAGGGUGACAUGGUAGUUUUUCACAGUAGCAAACACUUUAGCAUUUGGAUCGAUGGUCAUUUAAAAGUGGAGAAUUUAAUCACGUCCAAUGAAUCACGUUCAAAUCGAUACGAAAUUAGAAGCAAUAACGUACAAACAUUUGAUGCAAUGUUACUCUACGACGUGAAUAUGAAGGUGAUUUAUCUAACGGAUUUCGGUAUGCCAAAACAAAUAGUAGAACUGAAGGACACAGGGACAGUUGCUUUGCAAGAAAUCCUAUACGAUGAGCUUAAUCGUCCUGCGGUUAGAACCAAAUGGACGGAUCUGGACACCACCAAUUCGUCCAUAUUGUUUAGCUAUCGACAUAAUUUCAUCGAAAAAGAAGAACGAUUUUGGAAGACGGGGCAAAUGGAGGGUACAGUUACACUGUUGAACUCCGACUGCGAAGGUUUUCCUUACAGUCGCACAGUUUACAUGGACAAUCCUUUGGAAGACAAAUCUAUCCAAUCACUCCCGGGCAAGUCAUUUGCAAUCGAUGGACCCUUUGCUCAGCACUUUAAUUCCAUUCAAGGUAUAGAUUUUUUGACAAACCUUUUCCCAACUCAGGACGGAUUUUACUACGAAAGCGAGCAAUAUCCAGAUCAAUCCGUCUACGUGUUAGUAUAUGAUAAACGCAAACUGAAGGUAGCCAGCUACGUGAAAACGCAUCAUGGUGAUCAUCAUUUAACCACCUACAUGUAUGACACUAACGAUCGCUUAGUUUUGCAACUACCGCCAGCUUAUCACGAACAGGCGGACACAUUUUCCCGAACAAUUCCAUUUUUUGGAGGAAACUUUUCGCCCGAACAUACCGAAUUGCAACGCACCUGGGGAAUGUGGUACGAAUAUGAUAAUCAGAGUGGCCUGCUAACGUUUAAACGAACGCCUGACGCAGGUAACACGCGGUACAUGUACACACCAGAAGGUUUACUGCGCUUCGUGGUUCAACAGAAUAGUAGUAACGUGAUGUAUUACACUUAUAACUCGGUGGGAAAGCUCAAACAGAGGGGAAUCGUGAAGCUAAGUUCGAACGAGCUUUAUAGUUAUUUACCGAACGACUCGGAAUUGCCUGCUACGAGCAAUUUCAUACUGUUGCAUCACGGAGAAAACAGUGUUGCUCCAUUGCACCGUCAUAGGGUGGAGAAUAUUCAAAAAAUAUCUGGUGAUCACAUUCUUUCUGAUGUUUUGUUAUCUAACCAUCAAUCGCAAAUAAUUACUAGCGCACUGUACUCGAGCGGAAACGAAUCACUGACUAUCAACUACGAGUAUCAGAAAAAUCAAAUACACGAGAUACACUAUCCUGUAGCGGUUAAGGGGAAAAUAUUUCGUUUACGAUACAGUUACGAUAAUCGUGGUAAAUUGAUCGGUAUCUCGAAUGCUGCCACUGAUGAAAAGUUCAUAGCAAUUGAUAACAACAGCCUUGGUUUACCGAAACGUGUGCUCAUUCAACCCAACUCUCGGCAUGCAUAUCAACGUACGUAUCAUUACAACGAGCCGGGAUAUUUGACUCGCAUUGAAGAUCCAUACCUAACCGAAACGAUCGACUAUUCGGGCUCGGGGUACGGUGGACGUGCGAUCGGGGACGGUACCGUGCAGGCCACACGCUUCCACGCAUCCUGGCAUGCACACAGCAAUUUAAAGCUUCUGAAGCUGAAACCUUCCCAUCUAGGCACAGGACGAAGGGCAAAGUUUUGCUACGACGCACUUGUGUCUGCCGGAUAUUUAGACUCGCAGGGCAGACCGUUGAAAAGUCUCUAUCUAAUGCUCGAGCUUCGCUUACCGCUUGUUUGUCGGUUAGGAACGUACGGGCAUCAGGUUGCUGCAGCUUUGAACAGUCGAGGGUUUCCCCAGUUCUACGGUCAUCGAUACGAUUACGGAAGCCACCGGCAAUUGAUUCGUGCGAAAUACUUUCAGAGUAGUGCCGAAGAGCUGUUUAAUCCACUGCGCAAAGACACGUUUGAACAAAUUCAAGGCAUUUCGCAAGAGAGUUCUACGGACAUAUGGCAUAAGCUCGUGGAUGCAGGAUACUUGCACACGGAUUGUUAUUCCACCAGUGCAAUGAAAUGCCAUGGUUUACCGGGGAAAUCUCUAUUCCAUCCUACCAUUGCUGGCCAUCCGAACGCGAUAACGCUCAGCAGUUUGUUGGUUCGUGUAAUCACACAACGUAAAAAUCUUGCCAAGAACAUGUUUGAUCAACUGUGUGCCGGAUGGUACAAGGACGAUAUACCGGAUGCAAUAGCCGACACAUGCAAUUCGGUCUGGACAAUUCUUUCGAACGAAGGUUUGAUUGGGCCCAAGUCUAACUUUAGCAUGACAGCAAUUAAUCAAGAGUUGCGUGAUCUCUUAAGCGAAUAUGCAUCACAUUUACCAGCAAUUAUUGGAGCCCUGUACCAUAAGUUUGCCACCGCACUUGGUCACAGUUCUGCUGACGUUCAGUCCUACAAAAUCGACGCAAAUGGAAAUCAUCAGCAUUUUUACACCGGUUUUCGGCGAUAUCGGCUCGAAUAUGUUAAAAAUACAAACAAAAUAGCGUCCGUCUACCGCAUCAACUUCACCGCACGGUCUGGUCUGGAUGAAACGCGCUAUCAGGUAGAGCACGACGAAGAAGGUAACGUAGUCCGGGCCACACAUAAAGGUAUCGAGCGUAUCGUUUACGAUCCACUAUUCAAUCGUCCGUCGAAAAUUAUGCUCUCCGAUGGAAGAUACUUGGAAUUUGAGUACGACGUUCGAGGGUAUCGUUUGUACAAAUACGUGUAUGAUUCCGCGGGCAGGUUAAGCAGGAAAAAGUACUACAUCCGGGACGUGCAGGGCAAGCCGUUGAUAGAGUAUGAGGGCAUUUAUGAAGGCAAAGAAUCAGAAAAUAACGCCCCGUCCGUCGUGCGAGCCACGGUAUUUGUUUACGCCGAUGAUCGACUGGUUGGUUUUGUACGCAACGAUCAGUUCUACAGUGUAUGGCUCGAUCAUGAAAGAUCGGUAAGGUUAGUGAUUAAAAAUGGCGAGAUCGUGGCCGCGUACGAUUACCUGCCGUAUGGUGAGUUGCUUCGCUCUUACGGCGAUGAUCCUGACGGUCAUCUUGAUUACCGCUUCACUGGACAGGAAUGGGAUGAAGAGACAAAUCUGUACAAUUUCCAUGCUCGUUUGUAUGACCCAGAACUGGGGCGUUUCCUGCAGUUGGACCCAAAGGAACAGUACGCUAGUCCGUAUCUGUAUGCCGGAAAUUCUCCAGUCUCUUUGAUCGAUCCCGACGGUCAAUUCGCUUUUAUUUCUAUUAUAGUGGCCGUAUUAGCUGUCGGUGGAGCGUACGUGGGAGCAUCGGCAGCUAACAACUCUUGGAACCCAGCCAAAUGGGAAGUGAAGAAAGCACUCUUGGGUGGACUGGUAGGUGCUUUGAUCGGUGGUUUUGCUCCGGUUGGUAUUGCCGGUUCGUUUACCUUUCUUACCGGUUACAUCGGUGCCACCGCGGCUAUCGGUGUCAUAACGGCCACUUCAGUCGGUUUCGCUUACGUUAGCAUCGCGUCCGCAAACGGAAGUUGGGAUCCGAGUAAGUGGGACUGGUCCCAACCGGGUACAUGGAAUGCGCUUUUCAUCGGUAGCUUAACUGGAGCCUCACUGUUCAACGCGGUCGGAGGGGUCCAUAAAGCGUUCAUCGGAUAUACGGGCAUAUCACGCACUGCUUUCGUCAUCGUCACUAGUGGUGCUACGGGAGGAUUUUUUCUUUACUCGGGAAGCAUGGCUAACGAUGGAAACCUUCGCUUCUGGGAAUGGGACUGGAGUAAACCUGCAACGGUGUGGGGAGCUCUAGAAGGUGCCAGUUUCGGUCUUUCCAUUUCCCCAAAGCUUAAUUCUGUCACCCAACAAGUUACUCAACGAUUGGAUAAAUUUAAGGAAAUAGGAAAGGCUCUCAAGGAAAACAACUUAAAAUUAGCUGGAACGCUUAUCAAGGAAGAAGUUGGGAAAUGGAAGCAGAUUGGCUAUGAUGUUUUAAAAAACGAUGUCACGCAAGAUGCCAUCACAGCGGGGAAAGCGAUAGGAAGACCAGGAGGCACGAUAUUAUUGGACAAAAUCCCUCCUGAGGCGAUGAAGGUGAUUGACGAAAUUUUAGCGAUAGAUAAACUUUUAAAAGGAACUAUUCGAAAGAAAAAACAUCGACGAAGCAUUGAGUAUGGUAAUAUGACAAGUAUUUUGCCGUCUUAUCACAAUAUAACAAAUAAUAACAGUGUAAUGAGGCUAGAAUACUGCAUAGAUUGCUCACAAGAUGCAUCUUCAAUAACGUCUAACUCAUACAAAGUAACAAAUUGGAUAAACGAAAUAUUUGAACAUUUUUUCAACACGGCAAACCAAGGGAAACAAGACCAAGAAGAUCGAAAGGUCAAUCCCUACUUAAAACAUCACAAAAGGCCAACUAAAACUCCGUUCCAUAUAGCCAACUGUUUCCGCACGAAUUCUGCAGAUAAUCUAAACACAAUCACAUGCUACGAGCAGCAUGGUCUUUCUUACGUGUUUCCUCACAACACUAGCAAUAUAACUGGUAUCACUGAAGAUCACUAUUCUUCAUGCUAUCCAAUAGAAUAUAAUGGGCUCCUUACUACCGCUUGUGCUGGUACGAAUAGUUCUUACAUGUACACGCCUUACAUUCGACCGGUAAACUAUCUCGAUCAAUUGAAUGGAACUCUUACCUUGCUUCUCGUUGCCCCGACCGUAGUAAGAAAUAUUGCAUCAGGAUUGCGAAAUUUAUUCUUUAAAAAGAAGCCAGAGCAACAAGCGCAUGAAGUUUCAACACUAGAACAUUCACAAAUAGAUAAACAAUUCCAUGAUUUGAAACAAACAGUACAAGAGUAUCGACAAUUAGCGGACAACCGAAAUAGCGGCAACUGGUUAGAUAACAUUUUUAAAGACAUCGAAGAAGAUUUUAAUGUUUUUCUUUCUACUGUUAAUCCCUCUCGUACAUUCUACUAUCAGCUGUGUGAACGUAUUGCUGCGCUUAGUGAUGAGCUAGAAGAAAGUAGACACAUUUUGCAGCAUAAAUUGUACUCAAACAACUCACAAUCUUUGAAUAACUUUACAUUUGGAUUGCACACGCAGGAGAUUUUUCCGUUGCAGUUCAAUAAGGCCAGCUCUAUGGCUACCAUUAAUGAAUACAGAGUAUGUUGAAAAUGUGUGCAAUAGGAAUAACACAUCAAGAAACCAGCGGAUUAUUACGAGCAUUAACAUAACAAGCUAGCAUUAGUAGCUUUAAUCAUUUUUUCUGAAUAUACAAAUAAACUAUUAGCGAUUACGAGCUACUUUAUGUAUUGAAAAAUUCAACAAUAUUUCGGAUUUCGGACGGAUAUUUUGGACGAAGAUUAAACAAAUCGAAUAUAUUUAUGGAAGUAGUAUCGUCUCGAUUAAAUGCGCGAAAAGUAAAAUUGGAAAACAUAUCAUGAUAUUGCAUUUAAAUAAAAGCAAUUAUUUUUAUUUAUUCAA